CGAAGCCGAUGUGUUCGCUUUGGAAUUGAAUUUCUCUCUUGGUGAUCUAUUUGUGUUUCUGAAUGGCAUCAUCGUCGGGAUUCGACGAGAACCGUUUCGAAGGUCUUGUUAGCGAGAACUUCAAAUGCACGAUAUGUUUUAACGUCCUCAACGACCCGAAGAGUUGCCAGAACAACCAACAUUAUUUCUGCAACGCGUGUAUCCAUCAAUACGUUCAGAAUUACUCGCAGACUUGUCCUGAAUGUCGACAGGAUUUGACGGUGGAAACGUUGGUCACACCUCCCAGGAUCUUGUUGAAUUGUAUUUCAGAACUUCGCAUCAAAUGUGAUCACGUCGAACGAGGUUGUGCCGCCAGAGUUCAACUUGAAAAACUUAAAAAUCAUCUGGAUGAAUGUGGGUUUGCUCCGGUUACGUGUGCGAAUGAUGGUUGCGACAUGGUUGUCAACAAACGAGACAGAAUUCACCACGAGACUGAACUAUGCGAGUUUCGCAGAGUGCAAUGUCAUAAUUGCGAAGAAUUGAGAAAUGAGAUGUCGAGAUUGAGCGAGAAACAAGAAAAUUUGAGCAAAACUACUGGUCAAAAACUAGUAAAGUUGGAAGGAAAGCUGGAUCAAGUCACAACACGGCUUCAGACCAUUGAGAAGAAUGUUAUGGGCAAAAUUACCGUGCUAAGUUUGUCACAUGAGCGCGGAAAUGCGAGCGUUGUUCAGGAAUUGAGGAAUGAGAUGUCGAGAUUGAGCGAGAAACAAGAAAAUUUGAGCAAAACUACUGGUCAAAAACUAGUAAAGUUGGAAGGAAAGCUAGAUCAAGUCACAACACGGCUUCAGAAUAUCGAAGGGAAUGUUAAUGCACUGAAUUUGGCACAUAACAGCGGAAAUGCGAGCCUUGUUCAAGAAAUUUCAGAGAUCAAGGGUUUCAUGAACGAUGUCUUGCGUAAACUCAGCAAUAUCAACAAUGUUGUUUGCCAAAUCCAAGCCCCGGAAACCCAAGAGAAAGAAAAAAUAAAAGAGGAGACGAACGAGUUGGUGGACUAG